GGUGGUGUCAGUGGAACAGCAAACAAUUUUUAUUUUUGGCUUGUGUGGCAAACCAAUGCAAAUUUACGUGUAUUUAUUGUUGUAAUAAACAUAAGAAAACAAAAACAACACACAAAUUUUGACAGAACUAUUUACUAUAACGAAAAGUAUACACGUUUUUGUUGUUGCUGUAGUCAUAUAGACAUCACCUUGAUAAAUUUGAUGUGGGUAAAACAUUUUGCAAGAAUUAUCGGGUCGGAGACAGAAAGUUAAUUUACAAAAAAUUAAAGAAAACAGGACAAAAUGUCUAACGUGAUUAAAAGUGAAUGUUUUAUAAAUGGUAUACAAUAUAAGUGUCGUACUUGUUUCGAUCCAGGACAAAUUAUCUACUCCCUUAGGGAUGAAGCCAACAACGCGAAAACUUGGCGUGAAUUGUUAAAGGAUAUUGCUCCGCCACAGCCAUAUGACGAGAAUUUACUUCCAAAUACAAUGUGCUGUUUAUGCUCGGAAAAACUUCAAACCACCUACGAUUUCAUACGUCAGAUUCAAAAUGUAAAUGAGAAAUAUUCAAAAUUAUUGGAAGGUUGUAAUGGACUUUAUAACUCUACUGAUUGUUUGGAAGAAUCAACAAUUGAUAUGCCAAUGAAAGAGCUUUUGCCGGAAAUUAAACUAGAGGAAGAAUUAAAUCCUUAUGAUGUCGUUUUAACUAGCACCGACCAGUUAGAUGAAGUACCAGCAACUAUAUUUAAAAACGAAGACACUGAUGAUGAUGAUGAUGAUCCCUUUACGGAAACUUACAAUGAUGAUGCCGCAUCAACAUCUGACUUAUUGGAAACAAGAAUCUUAAGUGAACAUUUUGAAGAUUACCAAAAUGACUAUGAUUACGCAAAUGUGUCCAGCAACGUGUCAUUUAGUGAAAGUAAUUACAAUCCUUUGAACGAGAUGGAGAAAAACAGCAGUGAUAAUGAUGAAAGACAUCAAGAGAGCGAAGAAACCACAAUAAAAAAGUUCUUAGAUAAUGAUAAAAUCGAAAUUAUCAACCAUGGCUUCCUAUGUCGCAUAUGUCAGAAAACAUUUACCUUACUGAGAAAUUGUCGAAGACAUAUAAAAACUCUACAUCCUCAGCAGAUCUUUUACAUUUGCUCAUUUUGUGGACAGAAUUUAAAGUGUGAAGACAAAUUAAAAAAGCACAUUGUGCGUUCACAUUCUGGCGAUAAUUAUAAAAUGACAUAUUUUCCUUGCAAAUUAUGUGGACAAUAUUACAUGAGUGAAGACAAUUUACAAAAGCAUAUUACACGCUUACACUCUGUCAAACGUAUUAAAUCGACCUGGUCAACUAUUAAAAAUGUAGAACACAUAUUUGCCAAACGUUUAUACAGCAAGCCGACCGCUAGACUUCAUGUGGAAUGUAAAUUGUGUUCUGAAACAUUUCAAACAAGUAAAGAUCUACGCCACCACUUGGAGAGCCACAGCGUUAUAGACACUCUCCAAGAUUUGGAAUUAAGCGAUAGUAUUGUCCAACAUUUCUUUCCAAAUAUGAAUGAUUUAAACGUCGUUAAACAAACAAUAUGUAAUGAUAUUCGUAAGAAAGAUUGGUUUAAAUAUUACACAGUGCUAAAUGAACAUUUUUAUGAAAUGUCCCUAAGUGACACUGAGGUAGAGGAUCUAGAAGGAGAAGAACAAAUUGCAGAACGAGCCGGUAAAUACAAGUGUUCUAUGUGUGCUUUAUGCGACUUUUCGUAUAAAUACGAAGUAUUCCAGCAUUUAAAAAACUUUCAUUACAAGAAUGAAAUUGCUUUAAAAUGUGACAAGUGUAAUUUGCCAUUCAUAUCCAUCAAAAUGUUUACACAACACACACAAACUCAUUGCCAUAACAAAUAUAAAGAUUUACUCUGUGCUCGUUGUCCAGCCAAAUUUGUUUGGCCAGAAAACAUAAAAAAUCACAACUGCUGUGUCAACAGCAAUAAGAAGCUGCCUGUUCAUAGAUUUACAAAACCUAUAAUACGUUGUGGUCUUUGUCCUGAAUCCUUUAAGAAACUUCCACAUUUACGCGAACACAUGCCAUUACAUGCCGAUGGUAAAACUGGUAUUGAUUUCGAAAACUGUAUUUAUGUAAGAAAUUUCUACCCAUCGAUAACAAUUGAUAAAGCAUUACUGGAACAAGAGAUACAAAAUGCCUAUACUAAAUCUCAAAUUAGUUGUUUUUAUCAAGUCAUAGAUAAGUAUGGCAAUGAACUAGACAUGUCCGAUUCAGAUUCAGAUACUAAUACGGAAGGAAAGGAAUACGUGUGUGAACUCUGCAAAGAAAUGUUCGAAAGACGACAGCUUUUAUUAAAACAUCAACUAGAACUACACAAUGAUCUGACGCUACCUUUUGUGUGUAAGGACUGCAAACAGCAAUUUGUUAGUCAUGAUUUAUUGCAACAACAUUUAAAAAGGGUUUGUUGGAAUGAACACCGACGCAUAGCUCAACAAUGUGAGCAUUGUAAUAAUCGUUUUAUAUGGCCAAAUAAUCUGCAGAUACAUAGAGAAAUACAGCAUUCUAUGGUCCAGGUUAUCAAACAACAUUCUGACGCAAAUGAACUUCAUUAUUGUCUCUUGUGUCCUCAAACAUUCAAGAGUAUUGAUGACCUGCACGAUCACUUGAGUGACCAUCAUUUAACACCCGUUGAUGUCAAGACAGCUGAAAGUAUAUUACAUUCCACGUGGUGGCCAAACGGUGAAAAAAGAAUAAUGUGUAAGAAAUGUGGGCUGUUAUUUCCCUCUAUGGUGAGUUUAAGAGAGCAUUUUUCGCCCAAUAAUCCCAAUAAUUUAUGUGGGAAUCAACAUCUAUUGGCAAAUUAUUCAAUUACCAAUCAAAAAGGAUUCGAGUUGCACCUGAACCUGGAUUCCGAAACAGACGAAGAAGAUGAUUUGGAGGUAACACAUAGAAAAAUGCCACCACCCUAUAAAUGUAGCAUUUGCAGUAUGUCGUUUAAGCGAAAGCAUCAACUGACCCAACAUCAGCGAUCCACGCACAAUUAUGAAUCGCUGGAGCUAAAAUGCGAUCGUUGUAUAUUUAGAACUGCCUCAAAGAAAAUCUUAGAUUAUCAUAAAGUCAUGCAGUGUUUUAAUAUUGAAAAACAAUAUAAAUGUAACCAGUGUAACUUUAAAUUUAUGUGGCAAGAGAAUCUUGAGAAUCAUAUAAAAUUGAUUCACACAUCCAACAAUGUGGCCAAAACAAUCGUCGGCCAGUCAGAGUCGGUAACUAACAAUGAUUUACAAUCAACGUCGCACGACAAUAAAUCUUUCCAGUGUGAUCAAUGCGAAAUGGUCUUUGCACGAAAUUCCGACUUACAAGAACAUCUGCAAUUGCACAGUGCCGAACAUCCGUACAAAUGUACAUUUUGCAAAGAAUCAUUUAAGCAUAGAGAAGUUUUAAUUAUUCACAUCAGAAGUCACGCAGUCCAGCGUCGUUACCAGUGCGAAUUUGAGGAUUGUACGGAAGAAUUUCCGAGCUCGCUCGAUUUAGAACUACAUACGCAAAUUCAUACGAGAGAUAAACCCACACCAAGUGCAAAUGGAAAAUGGAAAUGUCCCUACUGUGGUAUUUUCUUAGCGUCGAAUGGAGGUCUUACAAUACACGUAAGACUUCACACCGGAGAAAGACCCUACAAGUGCGAUUUUUGUGAAAAGGGCUUUACUCGUAGAAGUGAUUUAACUGAACAUAUACGCAAACACACUGACGAACGUCCCUACAAAUGCACGCAUUGUGAUAAAGCCUUUUCAAAGAGGCAACGUUUAAAUGAACACAACCUCGUUCAUACGGGCGAACGUCCUCACCUGUGUCCGUUUUGUAAGAAAUCCUUUCGAAAGCGGAACUAUUACAAUUUACAUUUACGUAUGCAUACAGGCGUUAAACCGCACAAGUGUGGAGUUUGUGAUCAAGCUUUUACAUGUGGAGCAUAUCUGAAGAAACACCGUAUCGCAAAGGGACAUUAUUUAGAAAGUAAAAAAUAAUCAUUUGAAAGUCGUACAUACUUACUAUGUAUGUUUUUUAUACUAAUUUUACGAUAUGAUAUUAAAUUGAUCAUGAUCAAAUCA